CAUGCUACAGCCCGGUCCCAAGCCCCCAGCGCGAUCCAACACAUUACCACCCUCGACUCCCUUUCCAUCAAUACCCCUUCCAGCCAAGUCGACCAUCUGACCAAUUUUGAUCUCACCUUCACUCUCCGAGACAAGAGCAAACGGUACAAGCUCGAGUUAGAACCCAACCACGACAUCCUCGCCGAGGAUGCCUUUGUGCAGUACCUGGGCGCCGACGGGGUCGUCCGACGCGAAGAGCCCGUCGUCCGCAGUGACCACAAGGUCUUCAAGGGACGGGCCUUGAUGUCCCGCGGCAAGGGCAUGUGGGAUCCCGUCGGGUGGGCCAGAGUCUAUCUCCAGAAUGACGGCCCCCAGCCGCUGUUUGAGGGCGUCUUCAACGUCCACGGGGACAACCAUCACGUCGAACUGAUGUCCACCUACUUGCAGAACAAACGCGAGCAGGACGCCGACAUCCCCCACCGCAAAGGGGAUUACAUGAUCCUCUACCGCGAUUCCGACAUGGUCCGACACUUACACACCGAGCUGAAGCGGUCCCUGCCCGUCUCUUCCUCGUCCUGCGAGGCCGACAAGCUGGGCUUCAACAACAACCCGCAGCAUCCUGUGCUGCGAAGCGACGAGUCCCAGAUCCAGAGCCGAUGGGGCGGCAUGUCCCUGGACUCCAUGUUCGGGCUUACCAAGCGCCAGUCGGACAUCGGCGGCGCCUCCGGCAACGCCGGCGGCGUGAACCUGAAGUCCACCAUCGGCGAUACGUCGGGCUGUCCGAAGACGAAGCAGGUGGCCUUGAUCGGGGUCGCGACCGAUUGUUCGUUCCGCGGCGCUUUCAAGAGCGACGACGAUGCCAAGAAGUGGGUCAUCAACACUGUCAACAGCGCCUCCAACGUCUAUGAACACUCGUUCAACAUCUCCAUCGGCCUGCGCAAUCUGACCCUCACCGACGCAGCCUGCCCGGACAAGGCGCCCGCGACCACGCAGUGGAACAUGCCCUGCGAGCAGGGCAACAUCACGUCCCGACUGGAUCUCUUCUCCAAAUGGCGAGGCCAGCAGAAGGACGACAACGCGUACUGGACCCUGAUGAGUUCCUGUCCCACGGGCACCGAGGUGGGGCUGGCCUGGCUCGGUCAGCUGUGCAACACCGAGGUCAACGACAUCGGACCCAACUCCAUCAGCGGCACCAACAUCGUGGUCAAGUCGCCGGGAGGCUGGCAGGUCUUCGCACACGAAUCCGGCCACACCUUCGGCGCCGUCCACGACUGCGACUCCAUCUUGUGCGAAAAGGGCCUUGACAGCUCGUCGCAGUGCUGUCCCCUGUCGAGCUCCGGGUGCGACGCCGACGCGCGGUACAUUAUGAACCCGACCACCGCGGGCAACGACGUGACCAAAUUUUCGGCGUGCACCAUCGGCAAUAUCUGCUCCGCCCUGGGCCGCAACAGCGUCAAGUCCACCUGCCUGUCGGCCAACCGCGACGUCCAGACCUACACGGGCGGGCAGUGCGGCAACGGCAUCGUCGAGUCGGGCGAGGACUGCGACUGCGGCGGCGAGGAGUCGUGCGGGGACAACAGCUGCUGCGACGCCAAGACGUGCAAGUUCAAGACCGAGGCCGUCUGCGACGACGCCAACGACAGCUGCUGCGAGGGCUGCCAGUUCCGAAAGGCUGGCAGCGUCUGCCGCGAGAGCCGCGGUGAGUGCGACGAGGAGGAGACCUGCAGCGGCGACUCGAGCAGCUGCCCCAGCGACACCUUCAAGAAGGACGGCGACAGCUGCGGCGGGUCGUCGUCGGGGCUGACCUGCGCCAGCGGCCAGUGCACCAGCCGGGACUACCAGUGCCGCUCAGUCAUGGGCAGCCUGCUGCACAACAACGAGACCAACGCAUGCAGCGCCUUCAGCGACUCAUGCGAGCUGGUCUGCUCAUCCCCCUCCCUGGGCCAGUGCCUCAGCGUCAACCAGAACUUCCUCGACGGCACCACCUGCGGUAACGGCGGCUUCUGCCGCAACGGCAGCUGCGAGGGCUCGAGCGUCAAGAACUGGAUCAAGAGCCACAAGAACGUCAUCAUCGGCAUCUGCUGCGGCGUCGGCGGUCUGAUCGUGCUCGCGCUACUCUUCUGCCUCAUCAACCGCUGCCGCCGCUCCCGCCGCCCCAUCAAGCCAGCCCCGGCGCCUAGGCCCUACGGGGGUCCCUGGCCCAACGGCAUGCCGCCCCCACCACCGGGGGCGUGGGCACCGGCCCCCACGCGGGGAUACCACGGCCUAGGGGGAGAUCCGCCCCGCCGCCCU